AUGCUAAUAUCAGGGCCGCAUUCAGUGCAUCAGUUUCUCGGCGCUAUUGGGAGGCAGUGCUCCGUAGUGAACCUCGAUCCCGCGAAUGACCAUACAAAUUAUCCCUGCGCCGUAGACAUUCGCGACCUAGUUACGCUCGAGGAGAUCAUGGGAGAUGACAACCUGGGACCCAAUGGCGGGGUUCUCUUUGCAUUAGAAGAGCUGGAGCACAACUUUGAGUGGCUAGAGAAGGGGCUGAAAGAGCUGGGGGAAGACUAUGUCCUGUUCGACUGUCCUGGCCAGGUCGAGCUCUAUACACACCACAACUCACUCCGGAACAUCUUCUUCAAGCUCCAGAAGAUCGGGUAUAGACUUGUAGUACUGCACCUAUCCGACAGCUUCUGCCUGACCCAGCCCUCCCUCUACGUCUCAAACCUGCUGCUUGCACUCCGAGCGAUGCUGCAGAUGGACCUCCCACAUAUUAACGUCCUAACCAAGAUCGACAAAGUAUCCUCAUACGAUCCGUUACCGUUCAACCUCGACUUCUAUACAGAAGUACAAGACCUCUCGUAUCUCCUUCCCUCGUUAGAGGAGGAGUCGCCGGCGCUGCGCAGUCAAAAGUUUAGUCGCCUAAACCAGGCUGUGAUGGACUUGGUCGAAAACUUCUCGCUUGUGCAUUUUGAGGUGUUAGCGGUCGAGAAUAAGAAGAGCAUGAUGCACCUUUUGAGAGUGAUAGAUCGGGCCGGCGGUUAUGUCUUUGGCAGCGCCGAAGGAGCCAACGAUACCGUAUGGCAGGUAGCGAUGCGCAACGAGUCUUCAAUGCUGGAGGUACAGGAUAUCCAGGAGCGGUGGGUGGAUAGCAAAGACGCCUAUGAUGAGGUAGAGAGGAAAGAGUGGGAGGAGCAAGCCAAGAUCAGGGAAGCAGAAGGCGGCGAUGCGGUGGACGAUCCUACAGAGGAUGAUGACUUUGGCAGUAUGGCAGUGCCGUCGUCAGAUAGCGGGAUAAAGGUAGUCAGAAAGAAGAAGUGA